GGCGGGGCCUCGCGCCGGUGUCGGGCUGCCGGCUGCGCCCCCCGCUCAUUCGCGCGCUCCCGCCGCCCUCGCCGCCGCCGCCGCUGCCGCCGCCGCAGCCAUGUCCCGGGAGCCGCGGGCCGAUCGGGAGGAGAUCGUGGGCAGCCAGGUGAUGUGGGAGCCGGACAGCAAGAAGGACUCGCAGAUGGACCGCUUCCGGGCGGCCGUGCGCGCCGCCUGCGGCCUGGCGCUGGAGAACUACAACGACCUGUACCACUGGUCAGUGGCCUCCUACGCCGACUUCUGGGCCGAGUUCUGGAAGUUCAGUGGCAUCGUGCACUCGCGCACCUACGACCAGGUGGUGGACCCCUCCAAGGGCAUCGCAGACGUCCCCGAGUGGUUCCGAGGCAGCCGCCUCAACUACGCAGAGAACCUCCUGCGGCACAAGGACAACGACAAGGUGGCCCUGUACAUCGCCCGGGAGGGCAAGGAGGAGAUCCAGAAGGUGACGUUCCAGGAGCUGCGGCGGCACGUGGCCUUGUUCGCGGCAGCCAUGAGGAAGAUGGGGGUGAAGAAAGGGGACCGGGUGGUCGGUUACCUGCCCAAUAGCGCGCACGCCGUGGAGGCCAUGCUGGCCGCAGCGAGCAUCGGGGCCAUCUGGAGCUCCACGUCCCCCGACUUCGGAGUGAAUGGCGUCCUGGACCGGUUCUCGCAGAUCCAGCCCAAGCUCAUCUUCUCCGUGGAGGCCGUCGUGUACAACGGCCGAGAGCAUGGCCACCUGGACAAGCUGCAGCGGGUGGUCAAAGGUCUUCCAGACUUGAAGAAGGUGGUGGUCAUCCCCUACGUCAGCCCCCGGGAGAAGAUCGACAUCUCCAGGAUCCCCAAUAGCAUUUUCCUGGACGAGUUCCUGGCCGCCAGGGAAGGCGAGCAGGGCCCGCAGCUGGAGUUCGAGCAGCUGCCCUUCAGCCACCCGCUCUUCAUCAUGUUCUCCUCGGGCACGACGGGCGCGCCCAAGUGCAUGGUGCACUCGGCGGGGGGCACCCUGAUCCAGCACCUGAAGGAGCACGUCCUGCACGGGAACAUGGGCAGCGGGGACAUCCUGCUCUACUACACCACGGUGGGCUGGAUGAUGUGGAACUGGAUGGUGUCGGCCCUCGCCACUGGUGCCGCCCUGGUUCUGUACGACGGCUCCCCGCUGGUGCCCACGCCCAACGUGCUGUGGGACCUGGUGGACAGAAUAGGCAUCACCGUCCUCGGGACGGGCGCCAAGUGGCUGUCGGUGCUGGAGGAGAAGGACCUGAAGCCCAUGGAGACGCACAGCCUGCAGACGCUGCACACCAUCCUGUCCACGGGCUCCCCGCUGAAGGCCCAGAGCUACGAGUACGUGUACAGUUGCAUCAAGAGCAGCGUGCUGCUGGCCUCCAUCUCAGGCGGCACCGACAUCAUCUCUUGCUUCAUGGGCCAGAACACGUCCAUCCCCGUGUACAAGGGCGAGAUCCAGGCCCGGAACCUGGGCAUGGCCGUAGAGGCCUGGGACGAGGACGGGAAGGUCGUGUGGGGGGAGAGCGGGGAGCUGGUGUGCACCAGGCCGCUGCCCUGCCAGCCCACCCACUUCUGGAAUGACGAGAACGGCAGCAAGUACCGGAAGGCCUACUUCUCCAGGUUCCCAGGCGUGUGGGCGCACGGCGACUACUGCAGGAUCAACCCCCAGACCGGGGGCAUCGUCAUGCUGGGCCGCAGCGACGGCACCCUGAACCCCAACGGCGUGCGCUUCGGCAGCUCGGAGAUCUACAACAUUGUGGAAGCCUUUGAGGAGGUGAUGGACAGCCUGUGUGUCCCCCAGUACAGCAAGGACGGCGAGGAGAGGGUGGUCCUCUUCCUGAAGAUGGCCGAAGGCCAGCCCUUCCGGCCCGAGCUGGUGAAGCGCAUCCGGGACGCCAUCCGAGUGGGCCUCUCCGCCCGCCACGUGCCCAGCGUCAUCCUGGAGACCCAGGACAUCCCGUACACACUCAACGGCAAGAAGGUGGAGGUGGCGGUGAAGCAGGUCCUGGCGGGCAAGGCCGUGGAGCAGCGCGGCGCCUUCUCCAACCCCGAGAGCCUCGACCUGUACCGAGACAUCCCCGAGCUGCGCGACUUCUGAGCCGCCCGGAGCACCAGGCCCUCGCGGGGCCCCACGCAGCCUCUGCCCGGCUGCUCCGACCCUGUUAGGGGCAGAGGUGGGUCCCAGCCCUGCGGGCCCCGGCUGUGAGCCCCCCGUGCUCCGCAGCCCCUGGUCUGCCGCGGACAGUGGCGCGGCGCUGGGGGAGCCUGCGCCACCCCCAGGCCCGCUGCCCCACGUGCCGGGCUGGCUUGCUUUAUUUUUUUAUUUUUUAUAUAUACAUAUAUAUAUAUAUUGCUGGUUUGGGGUCACACCGGUGAUGCUCAGGGGUUACUCCUGGCUCUGCACUCAGGAAUCACCCCUGGCAGUGCCCAGGGGACCGUAUGGGAUGCUGGGAGUCGAACCUGCGUCAGCCGCGUGCAAGGCCAACGCCCGCCCGCCGUGCUGCGGCUUGGGGCCGGCUUGCUGUAGAGGUUUCAUCUCCUGGACCUGGAGGGCUGGGAGUGUUGACCGUGAGGUGUGGGUGACGGGAAUGCCGCGGGGGCAUGCUGCUCCCCUCUCCGGACUCAGGGGACCCCCGGGGACUGUGUCUCCCGCCUGCUGUGAGCCGAGGCGAGGCUUGUCGCCCGCCGCUCUGUCAAGACUGGUAGCGGGGUCUAUGUUUGUUUUGUAUGUUUGUCAGACGUGCAAUCAGAGCUGUGAGGGGCCGCUGCAAUAAACACGGAGUGUGCACA